AUGCUGGAGUACUUUAUGCUGGAGUACUUUAUGCUGGAUUACCUCGUACUGGAGUACUUUAUGCUGGAGUACAUUAUGCUGGAGUACUUUAUGCUGGAGUACUUUAUGCUGGAGUACUUUAUGCUGGAGUACUUUAUACUGGAGUACUUUUUGCUGGAGUACUUUAUGCUGGAGUACUUUAUACUGGAGUACUUUAUGCUGGAGUACUUUAUGCUGGAGUACUUUAUGCUGGAGUACUUUAUACUGGAGUACUUUGUACUGCAGUACUUUAUACUGGAGUACUUUAUACUGGAGUACCUCAUACAGGAGUACUUUAUACUGGAGUACUUUAUAUUGGAGUACUUUGUACUGAAGUGUUUCUACAGAGGAUCUCAUUUCAUCUCCCUUCAUAACCACAUCUCUGCUACUGCCUCAGUUACCCAAGGUGUUCCCCAAGGCUCUGUACUCGGCCCCCUUCUUUUCAUCAUCUACCUCCACCCCCUUGGUCAGAUUCUCCGCCAUUUCAACCUGAACUUCCACUGUUAUGCUGAUGACACCCAGAUCUACCUCAGCACCAACUCCCCCCACAAUCCCCCCCUCUCCCACAUCAACUCCUGUCUGUCAGCAAUCAAAACCUGGAUGCACCACAACUUCCUCAAACUAAACAGCAACAAAACAGAAUUCCUCCUCAUAGGCUCCAAAUCCACUCUCUGCAAAGCCAACAACCCCACUCUCAUCAUUGACGGCACCAUUGUCUCCCCAUCUCCCCAGGCCCGCAACCUUGGUGUGAUUUUUGAUUCAACCCUCUCCCUUGAGCCUCACAUCCGUCAAGUCAUCAAAACCUCCUUCUUUCACCUUCGAAAUAUUGCUAAAAUCAGACCCUCACUCACUCCCUCUGCUGCCGAAAGACUUAUUCACGCCUUCGUCUCCUCACGACUCGACUACUGCAACUCACUACUCCUCGGCAUCAGCUCAACCUCCAUCAAAAGGCUCCAACUGGUUCAGAACUCAGCUGCACGACUCAUCACCUGCUCCACAUCCUGGCACCACAUCACUCCGUUUAGGAAAACCAGAGUGAGAGUAGAACAUCAGUCAUUCUCUUUGUGUGUGUGUGUGUGUGUGUGUGUGUGUUUGUGCGUGACAGAGAAGUUCCUGGGGAACCAGAUGCUGAGCUACGGGCAGAACCUGAGUCUGAGUUUCCGGGUGGACCGGCGGGACACUCGGCUGUCGGCGGAGGACCUGGUUCUGGAGGGCGCCGACCUAAGGGUGGCGGUCCCCCUCAUCGCCCAGGGCAACGCCUACCCCAACGAGAACAUGCAGACAUAUGUGUUCAGGCUCCACGACAGCACCGAUUACCCCUGGAGACCGACCAUCAGCCACGCAGACUUCCAGAAACUUCUCCACAACCUGACCGCCAUCAAGAUCCGCGGCACCUACAGCGAGAGGAGUGCCGGUUACCUCGACAACGUCUCCUUGGUGACAGCGAGGCGAGGUCCCGGUGCUCCGGCGCGCUGGGUGGAGCAAUGCACCUGUCCUCAGGGUUACCAGGGGCAACACUGCGAGCAGUGCACGCUGGGUUACCGCCGCGCCCGUCCCGAGCUCGGCGCCUUCAGCGCCUGCGAACCGUGCAACUGCAACGGCCACAGCGACGCCUGCAACCCAGACACAGGUGCGUGCGACUGUCGGGACAACACGGCCGGUCUGAGCUGCGAGCGCUGUAAAGACGGUUUCUACGGCGACGCCACCCAGGGGUCGUCAGGUGACUGUCAGCCCUGUCCCUGUCCGGCCGGAGCAACCUGCGCCGUGGUCCCCAAAACCAGAGAGGUGGUCUGCACCAACUGUCCCACAGGAACCACAGGUAAGCGCUGCGAGCUGUGUGAUGACGGGUUCUUCGUGGACCCCCUGGGUCCGGUCCGAGCCUGCCGCGCCUGCAAGUGCAGCGACAACAUCGACCCCAACGCCGUCGGCAACUGUAACCGGGAGACGGGCGAGUGCCUCAAGUGCAUCUACAACACGGACGGCUUCUUCUGCGACCGCUGCAUGGACGGUUUCUACGGCAACGCCCUGGCCGCCAACGUCGCCGACAAAUGCAAACCGUGCUCGUGCUCGCCCCUCGGCACCGUGGGGCGCCAGACCGGCUGCUCCCAGGUCACCGGCCAGUGUCCCUGUCUCCCCAACGUGGCGGAGCGGGACUGCAGCGCCUGCCAGCCCGGCUUCUUCAACCUGCAGAGCGCCGCCGGCUGCGAACGGUGCAACUGCAAUCCGAUUGGCUCCACCAACGGCCAGUGUGACAUCGGGUCGGGUCAGUGUGAGUGCCAGCCCGGCGUCACCGGCCGCCACUGCCAGCGCUGCGAGCCCAACUUCUUCGGCUUCAGCUCGUCGGGAUGCAAACGUGAGCGCACUGACAUCACUGGUGACAUCACUGGUGACAUCACUGAUGUUGACGUGUACUUCCUGUUUCCUGUCGGACAGACGGCCGAUCAGCUGUUGGCUCGAGUGGACGCCGCCAAGGCUCUGGCUGAGGAGGCGGCCAAGAAGGGCCAGUCCACGUUCAGGGAGGCCGAGGACAUCCUGGAGGACCUCAGAGACUUCGACAGGCGAGUCAACGACAACAAGACGGCGGCGGAGGACGCCCUGAAGAAGAUCCCCGCCAUCAACGCCACCAUCGCCGCCGCCAACCAGAAGACCCGGCAGGCCGAGGCGGCGCUCGGCAACGCCGCCGCCGACGCCCAGGAGGCCAAGGAGAAGGCGGAGGAGGCGGAGAGGAUCGCCAGCAACGUGCAGAAGGGCUCGGCCAAGACCAAGGAGGACGCGGAGAAAGCCUUCCAGGACACCAGCGCCCUGGACAGCGAGGUGGGGGACAUGAUGGACCAGCUGGACGCCGCCGAGGAGCAGCUGGCCCGCAAGAAGGCCGAGGCCGACCGCGACAUGAUGAUGGCGGGAAUGGCGUCGGACAACGCGAAGGAGGCCGAGGACAACGCCCGCAAGGCCAAGAGCGCCGUGAAGACGGUGCUGGGCACCAUCACCGUCCUGCUGGAGCAGCUGGGAAACAUCGACAAGGUGGACCUGAGCAAGCUGAACCAGAUCGACGAGUCCCUGAAGAGGGCUCGGGGCCAGAUGGGGGACAGCAAGCUGGACAUGAAGCUGACGGAGCUGAACGACGUGGCGCGCUCCCAGGAGGACAUGAUCAACCACUACGACCGGCAGAUCCGCGAGAUCCGCGCCGACAUCGCCAACCUCAACGACAUCAAGAACACGCUACCCGACGGCUGCUUCAACACGCCGUCCCUGGAGCAGCCCUAACCCCCCGAACCCCGUCCCCCCAAACCCCCGUCCCCGUUCCCGUCCCCCCACCCCCCCAAACCCCGUCCCCCCACCCCCCGUCCUCCAUCACUCCCGUCUUCACAUCUAACACUCCGGCCCACAUGCCGACUUUUUACCAAAACAGUUUUGGUUGUUUUCUCGUUCUCAGAUCUCUUGUCUUUACAGCGAAUAUUUCAAGCCACGUUCACGGUUUUUUAAACGAAAGAGAAGCCGUUGUUUUUAUUUGUUUUUAUUUGUUUUUAUUUGUUUUUAUUUCAUCUUCAGUUGUUUUGUUUUUUGUUGUUUUGGAGACGCAGUAACGGGGUUACGGUAGAAAUGAACUAAGCGGCGUAAAGCGAAGCCGAAGAUCCUCGGAGAAGAAAACCAGAACCACAAACCCGACGUGACUGCACCUGUCUGCUCCACAGGAAGUUCCCCCAUCGAGGGUCCGCUCGUAUUACCCAUCAUGCACCGGGACACGCCAGCCGGAUGUCCAGCCACACACUGUUAUGUUAGAGCGUUGUCUUUCUGAUUUCAGAACCCACACCUUGAAGAACCCUCUCUUCUUCUCUCCCAAAGCUUUGUGUCCGACCCAAUCGGCGGAGGAGAGGAUUGUUACUCCUCUUCUUCUUUAGCAGUAUUUCACCCCCGACGGGCGAUAGGCCACGCCCCCGCUAGGCCACGCCCACUUUGCUGGUGGCGACGCUGCCGCCGAAGUCCAGAGAAAGAUAUCUUUAUAAAUCUAGAGCACGGAAAGUACAUUAGUGCCACGUUCUCCUAAUGUAAGGAUCCAAGGGUUAAGGUUAGAAGGUCUCCCGUGGAAACAAGAGGACAUUACAUUAGAUUAGAUUAGAUAAAAUUAGAUUAGGGUAGAUUAUGGUAGAUAAAACUUCAUUCAUCCCACAGCGGUGGAAAUUCCCUUCUUACAGCAGCAUUUUCUACAAUAAAAGACAAAAAACCAACAAGUAAACACACAAGAAAAACAGGCAGACAACAGCCAAUGAGCAGAAGGUAGACUGGAGUAAAGUGGCGUCAAAUAGAGGUUUAGUAAAGUAAAGUGCAACAUAGAAGAUGUUAAGAUGUUAACUUGUUAACUUCUAUGCUUACUUGCCUGUUGUUGGAACAAUAUACGUUUUUGAUCCCAUGAGAUCCAGAUCUGUGGACACCUCAUUAUCUUCUGAGCUGAAGUUAUCUCGGGAAAGAUCUCUAUCUUUUGGGAACAAAACACAUAACAUCUCAUGUUUACAAGUUCUAAUCUUGUUUCCAGAAGGUCCAGAUCUUAAGUCAGGGUUAAAGUUAAUAUCUUUGGUGACCUUUUGAGAAACAGAUCUGGCCCACAGGAUAUAAUCUUCAGAGCCAAAACAUUGUUCCCAACACAUCUGGACCUCUAACUCCAGCUGUCUCGUGCAUGUGAUAUAAAGUAAUAUCUUGUUCCUACAAUCUAUGGAUCUUUGGGUUAAGGUUAGACGAUAUCUCGUGGAAACAAGAGGACGUAGAAGAUGUUAACUUCUAUGCAUACUUGCCUGUUGUUGGAUCAAGAUACGUUUUGGAUCCCAUAAGAUCCAGAUCAUUGUGUGGACACCUCAUUAUCUUCUAAGCUGAAGAUAUCUCGGGAAAGAUCUCUAUCUUUUGGGAACAAAACACAUA